CCACUAACCUUUGACCCACCAGAGGAAGCGUGAAUGCACGUGGAAAGAUGACUUCCGUAUCAAACAGGAAGUGUGAGAGCUGUGAUGAGGCCACGCCCAAGUACAGGUGUCCCAGGUGUGAACGUCUCAGCUGCAGUUUGCCCUGUGUGAAGAGACACAAGGCUGACCAUGACUGUGACGGGGUGAGAGACAAGACAGCGUACGUGCCUGUCAAGGAGAUCACAGAGAGACACCUUCUCAGUGAUUACAGAUUUCUGGAGGAGGUGGACAGAAAAGUGGACAAUGCCAACAGGGAUGUACAUGCACACAAAAGGACUAACAACAAAUAUAUGAACCUUUUGAGAAGCAAGGCCCGUCUGUCCGGGGUCACCCUGAAACUGCUGCCUGGAGGUUUCACUAGGCGGAGGCAGAACACAACACAGUUCAACAGGAAGUUCCAAAAGAUGAACUGGAGAGUGGAGUGGAGUUUCCCCCAAGCAGAAGUCUCUUACUCGGACAAGUGGGUGCCAGAAGACAUGCUGUUGAAGACAGCUCUUCAGAAAUAUGUGGAUCCAGAGAAGGCUGAUCCAAUUAUAAGACACAGACUGAAAGCCUACUGUAGCAGAGAGCUGUCUCACAUCCAUCUGCUGAUGAAGGUAGAGGAGAGGAGAGCCAACUCUGUCAGGUAUGAGGAGCUGCAUGCAGACAUGACUCUGAAGGAAAACCUGAGAGGCAAAGUUGUGGUGGAGUUUCCUACCAUCCUGGUGGUGCUGACAGAGCAGAUGCACAAGUACAAGCUGGUCACAGAGGAAGACACCCCUGAGGAGGAAAGCUCAGAUUCCAGCUCUGAGGACGAAUCAGACACAGACACAGACACUUCAUCAGGAUCUUCUGAUUCAUCAGAAUCCAGCCAAUCAGAUGAGGAAAAUCUCAGUUCCCAUGGAAAUGGAAAAUCAGCUGACCAAUCAGAACAGCAGUCGUCAAAACAUGUUACAGAGAGCAGAGAUGUGAUCACUAGUCAGAAAAAUCCCGUACUUUUAGAAAACAAGAUGGAUGAAGGGCAAGGAAAUGAAAGUUUACAAGUAGAGCAAUCUGACAAGGAGUCGCCAGAAGCUUUUGCAGACUCCACCAGUGUAACCACCAAUCAGAUUGAUAAUCCUGAAACUUCCAUCUGA